AUGUCUCGCUAUACAGAGCCGCUUGACCAGGACAUUCCUUGGUCGCUAUCCUCUUUGCAAUUGCACGGCGAUGACUUUCUAGGGGACACCCAAGAUAUUGCUCCUCCGCUCCAUGUUUCCUCCACUUAUAGAUAUCCAAAAAAGACCGAAGACUUAGUGCCACUCUGGGAACUGAAACUACCAGCUGAGAAAUCGUCAAAUCCGCAGUCACACAUUUAUUCCCGAAUCUCGUCUCCGACCGGAACGAGACUUGAGCUGCUUCUUGAAUACAUCUUGAAAGGAAAGGUCGUCACAUAUGCGUCUGGUGUUUCAGCGUUCACCGCUCUUCUCAUUCUUCUCAACCCCAAGCGGCUAUGCAUGUCACCGGGUUACUCAGGAUGUGAGAGUGCCUCUGGAAUCAUCAGCCGGCUCAGUGACAUGAGAAGGCUGCCAUUAGAUUGCGACAUAUCGGAGCUCCAGGAAGGGGACCUCUUACAUCUGGAAACACCUUUGAACCCCACGGGCGAAGUGCUCGAGAUCAAGAAAUACGUCGACAAAGCUCACUCUCGCGKCGCAUUUGUCUCGGUCGAUUGCUCUUUGGCACCUCCCGGACUUCAGGAUCCUUUCGCCUGGGGUGCAGAUAUUGUGAUGCACUCUGGCAGCAAGUAUUUGGGUGGUCACAGCGAUAUCAUUUAUGGUGUGCUUGCGGUCCGACGCGAUGAUUGGUACACACAACUGUGGAAGGAACGGAUUCACUUGGGUUCCAUCAUCGGUCAAAUGGAGGCCUGGCUUGCCGUGCGAAGCCUGCGAACCCUGAAUCUUCGUGUUGAGCGACAGACGAAAAAUGCGGACGAGCUGGUCUGCUGGCUGUCGCAGCUCUUGACUGCGAAUCCCGAGGAAAACAGUGACGCUCGGUUGGUACAGGCUGUUGUCGACGGGAUGAAACAUGCCAGUCUUCAGACGGAAGACAUAGCUUGGAUCAAACAACAAAUGCCAAAUGGCUGUGGGCCACUGUUCGCGAUGAUCAUGAAGACUGAAGAACUUGCCAAGUCCUUGCCGUCAAAGCUCAGCAUGUUCCACCAUACAUGCAGUUUCGGUGCUGUUGAAAGUCUAAUUGAGUGGCGAAAGAUUGCGGACAAGAAAGUUGACGGCAGGUUGCUCAAGGUCUCUGCUGGUAUUGAACACAUAGAUGACCUGAAAAGAGACCUGCUCAAUGGGUUUAAUGCCAUCAUGAAAGAUCAACAUUGA